UUUUAUAAUCUUCCUAAUCAAAUAGGUGUUCAGAUAUUUUAUAGUAGGGAAUGUUUUUGUGAGAUUGUGUUUAUGUAAUGAACAAUAAAGAAGGAUUUUGUGAGAUUAUAUGUAUCUUAUGCACGUUCUCACAUUUGUUAGAUGAGUAUUCUUUGAGUCAAAUAUGUUCAUCCAAUGGUUGUGUUAAAUUGACUAAUGGAUGGGCAAUUGGCUUGCUCAGCCGGGGAAAUUAGACAGACAAAGAAAUAUGAACUCUCAAAGCUCCUGUUUUGAGGGGGUGAGCUCCGAGCUAGAAGAGAUACUAACGGACACCCAGUCAUCGACCGUUAAGAGGGUCGGAUCAGCUACAUGGGUUGAACUGAAAUUGCUCUUUAAGCUUGCAGCUCCUGCAGUGAUUGUUUACUUGCUUAAUAAUGUGGUGUCAAUGUCCACUCAGAUCUUCUGUGGCCAUCUUGGAAAUCUUCAGCUGGCUGCUGUCUCUCUUGGCAACACUGGUAUCCAAGUUUUCGCCUAUGGAGUUAUGCUUGGAAUGGGGAGUGCAGUUGAAACCCUAUGUGGGCAAGCAUAUGGGGCGAACAGAUUUGAAAUGUUGGGCAUAUAUCUUCAAAGAUCAAUGCUUCUACUCAUGGCAACUGGGAUACCUCUCUUGUUGAUCUAUGUGUUUUGCAAGCCCAUUUUGCUUCUACUCGGUGAACCAAACGACAUUGCAACUGCAGCUGAACUUUUUGUGUUUGGGCUCAUUCCUCAAAUUUUCGCUUAUGCUGUCAACUUUCCUAUACAAAAAUUCCUUCAAGCACAAAGCAUAAUUGCUCCUAGUGCAUACAUAUCAUUGGCUGGAAUUAUAUUGCACCUCUUAUUCACUUGGCUUGCAGUGUACAAGUUCAACUGGGGCUUGCUAGGUGCAGCUUUGAUUUUGAGUUUUUCCUGGUGGUUCUUGGUUUUGGCUCAGUUUUUGUACAUUGUGACCAGCAAAAGAUGUAAACACACAUGGACUGGGUUUUCCUGGGAGGCUUUUUCGGGUCUUUGGAGCUUCUUCAAGUUGUCUGCUGCUUCUGCAGUGAUGUUGUGCUUGGAGACUUGGUACUUCGAGGUACUAGUUCUCAUAGCGGGGCUGCUGCAAAACGCAGAGAUCGCUUUGGAUUCUCUGUCUAUUUGCUUGACAGUAUCUUUAUGGGUAUACAUGAUUUCAGUCGGAUUCAACGCUGCUGCGAGUGUAAGAGUGAGCAAUGAGCUUGGAGCAGGGCAUCCAAAAUCUGCAGCAUUUUCUGUUGUUAUAGUGACUUCAUCCUCUUUCGUGAUUUCUGUGAUAGCUGCCAUUCUUGUGAUGGUAUUUCGUGAAGUCAUCAGCUAUGGUUUCACUGAAGGUGAAGCUGUUGCUAAAGCAGUGUCAGAGCUCAGCCCCUUUCUAGCUGUUACUCUCAUUCUCAAUGGUGUCCAACCUGUUUUGUCGGGGGUGGCUGUUGGAUGUGGAUGGCAAGCAUUUGUGGCAUAUGUUAACGUCGGAUGUUAUUACAUAGUUGGUGUUCCAUUGGGAGCGCUUCUUGGCCUUGUGUUUCACCUCGGUGUCAAGGGAAUAUGGUCAGGUAUGAUUGGAGGCAGCUUCUUGCAAACUUUAAUUCUGCUAUGGGCCACCUACAUGACAGAUUGGAAUAAAGAGGUGGAGAGAGCCCAAAAUAGGCUCAACAUCUGGGAUGAGAAGGAGCCUCUUUUGGAGAAAUGAAGUCGAUUUGGCGCAUUCUUAUUUUUUGUGGAUAAAAUUUAGGACAAACCAAACGGAGCCUUAAAUAAGUUUUCUUCUUCUCAUAGAAAAUGGCGAAUAGAGUGUUAAUUAUUAACCACAAUUUCCUCUCCAAAUUUUUAUUUAUUUCCCUGCAAAAGCAAGCAUUAUUCAUUGACGUUAGCUUGCAUAAAAUUGGAUUUCCCCAAUGGUGAAAUUCUUUACUGAACUUUGUCGACUAAAUAAAAGCACCUAUUCGCGAAGUAAAUUUUAUCGCUUUUCUA